AUGUCAGAAAUCAAACUAGACAUCCCAACAAUAGAAGAAACAGUGCAGCAGUCGCAGCAAGAAAAAGAGGCUGUGACCUCUGAAACUUCAAGUGACCCUGAACAAGAAGGGGAUGAUUUGGUCUUAUGUCACCAAGAGAAGGAAGAUAAUGAUGAAAUUGUGAGAAAUCUUAAUAAGGAAAUAGAAGUGAAAGACCUGGGAGACAUCUCUUACUAUCUUGGAAUCCAGAUGGAAAGGGGAGAAAAUGGAAGCUUCUUCAUUAACCAGAAACAGAAGAUAAUGGACCUGAUGGAGCACCUUGGGCUGACAGAAGCCAAUGUAGCAGAAACACCAAUGGAAGUAGGCUUCUGUAAAGACUAUGAGACCAAGGAACCACUGCAAGACAACAGUCAGCAAUUGGAAAGCUCCUGUACAAUAUCAACUAUGACAAGACCAGACAUUACAGCAGCAGUUGGGAUAUUGUGCAGAAAUGUUAAUGCACCAACAAAGAAAGAUUGGACUGCAGUCAAGAGGAUAGGAAGAUAUCUAAAGGGAACUGCAGAUCUGAAAUUGAUGCUACCUGCAAACAGUAAUCCUAGACUGGUGGGCUAUAUGGAUGCACACUGGACCGAAGAAAGAAAAUCCACUAGUGGGAAUCUGUUCUAUUAUGGAGGAGGAGCCAUCAGAUGA